AUGCAACCGCGAUCGCACGCGGGUACACCUGAACAAGAUGACAAGAAGCACAACCAUUAUCGUUCCUCGUCAUGGACACCAACGACAAAACAUUCUCUUCCAUCAACAGCAUGGCCAAGCCCUUCUUCAGUCACAUCGCCCGUAUCGGAAUUACCACGCUCUCCACGACUUGCUCAACAUGCACGAGAAAGGUCAUGGCAUUAUGGAAUAACACCAACAGCUAAUGCUGGUGGAGGCGGAUCUGCACCACUCUAUGGACGUCCUUUCCCUCGUUCAAGGCAUCAACGGCAACACUCGAGCUAUUCCAACUAUAGCAGUAUGAGCGAUACUGAUCUUCCAUGGACGACAGCUGAUAUUGGAUUCAAUGCCAUCUCUGGUGUCUUGAAUGAUCCUGCAAACCGUACACCAACAUUUACACGACCCAGCAAAGCCGAUGUGCCACCUGCACCACACGUUUCUAUCCCCAAGCCCAAGCUAUCAGACUUCAACGAGUAUAUGAAUGAGAUUGAACCACUCUUUGAGCAAUACCAGCAGAAUCGACGAGGAGAACAACAUGAGCAUGAGAGGAUGACACCUGAUAUGACUACCACCACUGCAGCCUUGGAUGUACCAGCAGAACGUAGUGGCCGUAAUCCAUAUGGUCAAGUUUUAUCCAGUGAAAGCCUACUUAUGGAUGAAACAGAUUCUUCUACAUCACACAUCAAUGAACAACUUGUGCCACUCGACACUGUGCCUGAUGUCUUUUUCGAUCCUGAAUUCACAUUGGAGAACCCACGAACAUUCGACAUGGUUUACGAAGGCAGCGAUAUCACUGGGAACUUGUCAUUGUUGCAAGAAAAGCUGCCCUAUUACUUGGAUACGGUGGAACAGCAUUUAGUACGAGAGAUCGAUAAGCGCUCGGAUUCCUUUUUUGAAGCAUCAUCCAAUUUGCAAUCAUUGCAUCAAGAGACUCUCGAGUGCGUGGAUCAAAUACGCUCAUUACGCGACAUGAUGCAAUCUAUACAAAAAUCGGCAUGUGAUGAUGGCCUGCAAGUGACAAGGCUACAGAUUCGACAACGCAACUUGGAGCGUUUGUAUACGAGUAUACGAGCAGUGAAGGAUAUCAUUGAGUCACAACACGAGAUUCAAAAGCUAGUGAGCCAAGGCAACUAUUUCGAAGCACUCGAUCUCAUCAACCAAACUCGUAUGAAGAAGCAGCAAAUCAAUGGAAAUAUUCAUGCGCUCGGCUCAAUAUCGUCACAGCUGGAUGAGAUGGAAUCGACUAUUGGCAACACUAUGCAACAAGAUUUCCUCAGCAUCUUAUUAUCGGACAUUAGCUAUCACCAAGAAACGGCAGAAUCAACCAUAUCACUUACGGAGCCACCAUCAGAAAAGAUUGAGUUACAAGAGGAUAUGGAUCUCCGGCAGAGUUUGGAACCUAGUGUCAAAGGCCUUUUGCGUACCGAUACAUUGAAAACGACUCUUGAUGAUUAUCAACAAUACCUUUUACGAGAAGUCAAAGCCCUUGUACGUCAACGAUACCCAACUACAAAUGAAGAUGAUUCUGCCGUGGCACGUCAACUACGAACCAUGCCGUUUGACUCAUUCUUUCGCAUGUUAGUGGACGUCAUGACAGCUCUGCUCAAGGUUAUUCAGCGCGUGGUUGUGAAUCAACAUACUUUAAUCAGCUUGGUGCCUGAAGACAGCAAACGACUUGCAAUGGAUAUUGUAUUUACGGCAGCAGACUCAGCUCACGCUCAAUGUGCCAAGCUUCUCAGCUUUCGAAGCGAGCAGAAUGCACGAUUGAAUCCCCAUGAUUUCUACCGCUUAUUGGCUGUUUCUCGAGGAUUUAUACAACACUCUGAUACCCUUUGCUUUGGUCGUGCUUGUCUUGGCCUAAGAGGAACAUUAUUAUCACAGCAAAAGGCCUUUGUUGAAAACUUUCAUAUGGAACGCAUGAAACAGCAACUGCAAUUGAUUGAUAAUGAGCCAUGGGUGGUCAGCGAGGUACCUGCAGACUUUCAGGAUAUCGUCGAUCGUAUAUGCAGCAACACACCAAUCAAGGAUGUCACCACUAUGGUCAACGACACAAAGGAUAAAAACAUUGACACGAGGACAAGCAGCAGCAAGCGGUUGAUAGUCGAUGGAAAGAGUUAUUUUGUUGUUGGAUGCAGUCUGCUGAUGAUUAAACUGUUGGAGGACUACUUGAAGUGUACGGCUGGUUUGGAAAACAUGGCAACGGACGUGAUGCAAAAGCUCUUUGAGCUAUUGAAACUUUUCAACACGCGGAUAUGUCAAGCGAUAUUGGGUGCUGGCGCCAUGAAGACUGCUGGUUUGAAAAACAUUUCGGCCAAACACUUGGCAUUGGCUUCACAAUCAAUUUCCAUCAUGACUGCACUCAUCCCAUCACUCAAACAAGGCGUGGAACGAUACCUUCCUCCAAAGCACACUGUGCUUCUCAAUGAGUUUGACCGAACAAUUGCGGAUUACGAUGAGCAUCGACGUGAGAUAUAUGCCAAGCUGGUAUCCAUCAUGCAGGAACGGCUGCUGUACCAUAUACAAGCGAUGAACGACAUUGAUUGGGAUGCUGCUGAACAUGACAAUACCGAUGACCAGCAUGUCAACAUGUAUAUGGAAGUCCUUGUCAAGGAAACGUUGACUCUUCACAAGGUCCUCAACAAGUAUCUCUCCCACUCGGAGCUGCAUGAAAUCAUGGUUGAUAUUUUCACCCUCUUUAACAAGCAGCUAUCACAAGACAUCAAAAAAUUGCCUAUUCAUACCGAAUCAGGAAAAAGCAGGCUAUCGAAAGACGUUACCUAUUUUAUACGAAGAUUAUCAUCACUCCCGGGCAUAGAUCCGCCAUCGAAUGACAUUGUGGACGUUGUGGACAGUAUAUCGGUUGCACCAAGCUCUUAG